UUCUUCUCAACGAUCCUCGUCGCGGCUACUUGCGAGUGCAUACGCAUUGUAUACAUGCUAUCGUCAGUUUAAUCCGAGAUUAGUGCGUUCGGUGAUUUGCAAAGUGCGUUAGGAAACAACGAGGACGCGGUAAACGAGUUCCAAAUGCGACACGCGUCGAACGAGGACGCGAUGAAAGAGACGCUAGUGAAGCAGGAGAUCAAGAUGGAAUGGGAAGGUCAUCAUGCGGAGGACAGUUCGCCGCAAGUUCCCGGAACGGAAGAUCAAGCGGCGUCCAGUCCCCAAAGCGUGAUAACGACUAGAAGACACGUUAGAACAAUCACUACCGCCGGUCAUAUAACCGAAGGAAUCGCCGAAGUCGAUCCGGAAUCGCCGGACUCCCACUCGGUCACGGGAAAUCUCCAUCAGCAGAGAAACGAGCGACAACACGAGCAGGCGCAGCAGCGUAAUUAUCAGGACGAGCAAGCUCAUCAAACGCAUUACGUGCAGAUCUCUCAUCCGGGCGCGGCCGAGGUUCAACAACGAGCGGCGGAUCAGCAACGCGUCGUUUACGCCACUAGUAAUGGUCAGGAGGUACGGGUGGAAGUCUCGGAAAAUUCCGAGGCUACCAUCACGCUUACGGUGAAGGAACCGCCCAGAUACGAGACUCCCGCGCCGGACGGUACCGAGAUAGACCGGUACGCGAUGUCUUACUCGGACAAUCACGAGAUACGAAGGGAGAACCAGGUCAUCGCCGUACAAAUACCCGAUCAUCGGCGAGCCCAGCAUCAUGCGGGACAUCAGAGAUUCAGUCCGCACGACAAUCAUCAGACGAGGUAUCAGACAUCGCCAGUUCUCACUGCCACGACAGAGGACUACGACGCCACGACGAUCGCCACGACGAUCGCCACGACGAUCGUCACGCAACCGGGAUCCACGGUCCACCUGGGAUCACCCGCGCCGCCGUAUUCGCCGCCCAUGGACGGCAUUCGUUCCGGCCAGCAGCAAUCGCAGCAACAUCUCGUGCCGACGAAUUAUUCCGACGCCGGUGGCGUCGUCAAAUACGACCCCUCCGAGUCCGCGCCUGCGGAAACCAUCAAAGGCCCGAACACGUAUACUACUCUGGAGACGGUCGCCAUUCCACCCACGCAAAACGUUCAAUACACGCAGUAUUUGUCGGCCAAUGAAACGUUUCAGCAGGCAUCGACUUACAGCUAUGCCAAACCCGGAGAUCCCGUCAUCCUGGCGUAUCCAUCGUCAACGCAGCUCGGAUCGAGAGUGACUGAGAAAGAUACAAGAUCCACGUUCCAACAGGUGGAAUCACCCGGUAGCGCGUUCAUGAAAGGUGAUCCGACGUUGACAUCAUCCUUGACCUCUACUCGAGCGAUUCCAUUGCAUUACGAGCAACCCGGUUCGCCGGGCUCUCAGGUGACAUUAUACAGCACGGGACCAACGUCGUAUCAGUACGUGAAGCAGCCCUCGGGCGAUCCUUACUGGCCAGGCGGUAGCACACCCUCGCCCCCGACUUUGGAAUACGUCCCGAGUUAUCCGAGCAUCACCGCCAUCUCCGUCGCCGACGCCACCAACAUGCAGCUGUACUCGGGCGGUGGAUACAGCGUUUCCACGAGCGGACCACCCUCGGCGUGGACCCUUCCGCUUUCCAGUACCGACGACGCCUUUGACAAUACCGUCAUGACGACGGAACCUAAGGAAUGCGCCAACUGCGCGGCCAAUGUGACGCCGUUGUGGAGACGGGAUGGCGGUCAUUAUCUUUGCAAUGCCUGCGGCCUCUACAGCAAGAUCAACGGGGUCAACAGACCACCCAUGAGAUGCCCCAAGCCGAAGCAGUCCGUCCCGCCGGUAAACAUUAGCGGCGUACGGAGGACAGGGGUGCAAUGUGCGAAUUGCAGAACAAACAAUACAACCCUUUGGAGACGAAACAACAAUGGCGAGCCAGUUUGCAACGCGUGCGGACUUUAUUUCAAACUGCAUAAUGUGAACAGGCCGUUGAGCAUGAAGAAGGAGGGCAUACAGACGCGAAAGCGGAAACCAAAGAAUCACUCGGGAUCUAUCACUGGAAAUCUACCCGGACCCAGUGGUAUCCACAAGACCGAGAUCAAGUCCAAUCUACUUGUGGACUCGUUGCAGUUGAACGCAAUGUACACAAGCGGGGGCGGGGGUGGUGGAGGGGUCGAAGAGCACUGUCUUCCCGUAGGUACACCAACUGGGACGCAAUUAGGGCAUGCACACUCGCCCCUCGCAUUACCUACCGCCGCCGUGUUGAAUCGCCAAACCACCCUUACCGUGCCACCACUAGAACCAAUCACUAGUCAGUCCAGCAGUGACCUCACCUCGGUUAUAACGUCCACUACGGCGGCACAUUCCGAGAGAUCGUAGAAAGCCGUUUCGUUCUUACCGACUUGAAAGCACUUGCCGACUGCAGCUGCAACAAAUGUGGAAAAAAAUUUUGACAAAGGCAUAUCGAUCAUUUAUCAUUGCUUAUCGGCAUCGUCGCUUAUCGACAAAAGCACUCAUAAAAUAUAGACGAAAAUAUAAACAGCCUAUAUAAAUAUAAAAAAAUAGCAUGUACUUAUAAAUGUCCGUAUUCGCUAGACCAUUCAAUGCUGAAGAAAAUCAUCCGAGCUUUAUCAUAAUCCGAUAUGAAAAAUGAAACUCAGUGUUAAACGUGUUAUACAGUGUCAACGGGAAGUGAAGAAGUUUAGUAUCCUAAAUGUCUACUUAUCGCCAAUUUGGGACUAGGAAACAAUUAUUAAAAUUAUAUUAUAUGUGUUCCUAUCGCUUAUACAUAUAUUUAUAUUUAUUUAGUUAAGUAUUAGUUUUACUUAACAGUCUAUUUCAGCGCUUGUUAAGAAUGAAGAAGCGUGGCAUUGUAUAAUGCAUUUAUUCUAUUAUUAUCUCUUUGCGCUUUAUAUUAAUGAUGUCGACUUAAAAUAAUGAAAACACGUGUACCAUAUCUCCCGAUUACCGAUAUUGUAGACUGCUUCGUCUCGGAAAAUGCCUGAACCGAUACGCUCCCUGUUAGAAGAAGCGAAAGAUACAAUUAUCGUGCCGAGAAACAAAAAAAAAAAAAACAAAAUAAUAAUCAACUCUACGGAUUAUGUUAAAUUUCAAUUAAAGUUAACUUGAAUUUCUUGUUUUAUAUAAAAACAGACACUCUAGUUCCAACUACAUUUUAUUAUGCCAUUCAUUAUCUGUUAAUCUAUUUGUACAACAGAUGCAUUUUUUUCUCGUAAAGGUGACUUAAUUUUUUUUCCCCACGUUUACGAUAAUGCGACGUACAGGCAUUUCGAAUGAUUCAUCUGUAUUUAUCGUGCGAUUCGUACUUAAUACGUGAUACGUGCAUGUAGCCUGGUUCAGCUCGAUUUUGUAAAUAUAUAUUUACAUCGCGUGAUCCAAAGAUAUAUAUAAUAUAUAUAAGAUAUAGAGAUGUAUAUUUUGAUUUUUUCCAAAGAGUAAUAUAUAUAUAUAUAUAUAUAUAUAUAUAUAUAUAUAUAACUAACUAUAUUAUUUAGACAUUUUCUGCACACAUACACAUAAAUGAGUCCUUUUUAAAUAUAAUACCUUUCAAAAUGACAAAUCUAUUUCUCGGAUCAAAAAUAUUUAUAUUGCAUGUAAUGCAAUCGUAUGCUGAUUACGCAAGUAUGUCUUGUCGAAAGUAUCAUUAAAGUAAAAUCAUAGAUUGCGAUAAAUCAUCAAAUUACUUUAAUCAUAGAUUAUAAACAGGUAAACGUAAUAGUAAAAAUUCUUAGCUUUUCUUCUUUUUUUUAAUACUGUUUACACUUUGACAUUCCUGAUUGAAAAAUUACAAAUUGAAGUUCUUUCGCCAAAGCAAAGUAGCCGGCAGUAGCUCGUUUUGUGUCUCAAAAAGUUCCCAAAAAGUUAGCGUCUGUAAUUCACCCGGUGAUGCGUAACUUACUAAUUAGAGCAUUUAUCAUGCGAAUGGGCUAAAUUAUUUAACAUUGCACAUGCGCAUUACACGAAAGUCUAAAUAUUUAUAAGGACGCAAGUGUUUAUAUCGUCGCAAUAGAAAUGCGCGAAUUAAUUUCAAAAUUACCGUACAUUUUAUUUUAUAUUAAUAAUUUAUACAUCAUAAAUAAUGAAGCCGAGCAAUAAAGCCGAAUACAAAGCGCGCAAAAUUCACCAUCGCUAUUCAAACCGUGUAUCAUUUGUUCUUCCAUCAUAGAGGAACGUCACGUCUAUGAAAAUACUUUUAUUACUUUGGAUAAAACAUAUUUUAUCAAUAAACUCUUUACCAAAUUUUUAUAUCUUGUACAUUGUAAUAAAAACAGAAUAUAAGAAUAAAUAAAUGUAAAAUUCGCGUGUA